CCUCUGCGCGAAUCGGUGACGUCAGUCCGCGCAUGCGCGCUGCCCUCAGUCAGGAUCCAGUCAGGAUGGCGGCCUUCAGAGCGGCUCUCCUGACCCGAGCUCUAACUAAAGGAAAAACACCGGGAAUCUCAAACAUUAUCAUCGGAACAAGAUCAGCAUCUGGUCCUUCUAAGGACAUCUUACCCGGUCCGUACCCCAGAACCCCAGAGGAGAUGGCAGCAGCAGCCAAGAAAUACAACAUGACGCUGGAAGAUUACAAACCUUAUCCUGAUGAUGGCAUGGGGUACGGUGAUUACCCCAUGCUCCCGGAGCGAUCGCAGCAAGAGAGAGACCCCUGGACUCAGUGGGACCAUCCAGAUCUCAGGAGGAACUGGGGAGAGCCGAUACACUGGGACUUUGACAUGUACAUCAGGAACAGGGUUGACACGUCUCCGAGUCCCGUGGAUUGGAGGACCAUGAGGAACCAGCUGCUGGGGUUCGUGGGGUUCAUGAUGCUGAUGUUUGGUUUGGGCGAGAUGUUCCCCAGCUAUCAGCCCGUGGCUCCUAAACAGUAUCCGUACAGCGACCUGUAUCUGGAGAGAGGCGGAGAUCCUGAGAAAGAACCAGAACCUGUCAAACAUUAUGAAAUCUAAUGCUAGAAACCUCUCUGUUUCAAAACUUGUGUAUAUUUCUGUCUCUCUAAUAAAGUUUACUUAAAUCUCGUC